AUGACGUCGCGCAGUCAAAUUAUCUGCGCGCCCUCGGAUGACGCGCCCUGGGGCCGCCAGUCCAUCUUCCUCGCCGGCACCACCAGCCCCGUGGACCCGGAGGACUGGCGCACAACGCUGUCCCGCUCCCUGUCAGACAUUCCCGUGACUAUCUACAAUCCGUACCGCUCGGACUGGGACAGCACGUGGCGCGAGGAUCUCAGCUUCGCUCCGUACCGCAAGCAGGUGGAGUGGGAGCUGGACCGGCAGGAGCGGGCCGACCUGGUGGUCGUCUACUUCCACCCGGCGACACAAGCCCCUGUGAGUCUGUUGGAGCUGGGGCUCUGGGCCCGAACUCCGGGCAAGGUAAUCGUGGGAUGCCCGGCGGGAUACUGGAAGUGGGGGAACGUGCAGAUUACUUGUCGCAAGUACGGGGUGACCGUGGUGGACGGUCUGGCGGAGCUGGCGGAGGCGGUGAUGCAGCGGCUGUCGCUAGGUCCGUGA